GUCCGAAUGUCGAAACGACUUUGACAGCUGCAACCAUUGAUUUAAACAAACACACCGUAUACCCAUCGUACGUUCGGUUACACACAAUUUUUUCUACAAAUAAAUCGCUAAAAUGACCGUGACAUCACCGAAUAUUCUCAUAACUGGCACGCCUGGUGUUGGAAAAUCAAAGAUAUGUGCCGAAAUAGCCAAACAACGUUCGAUGAAAUGGCAAGAUGUUUCGAAAAUUGCCAAAGACAAUGGAUUCGUUGAGGAAUACGAUGAAACAUUGGAGUGUCCAGUUUUAGAUGAAGACAAACUUAUGGAUCAUUUGGAGCCUGAAAUGGAAUCCGGUGGAAAUAUUGUUGAAUAUCAUUCAUGCGAAUUCUUUCCGGAACGAUGGUUCGAUGCCGUUUUCGUCAUUCAGUGCAACAACACGAUUUUGUACGAUCGUCUAAAGGAACGUGGUUACAAUGAGGCGAAAGUCAAAGAAAACAUCGAAUGUGAAAUCUUUCAAAUGGUUCUCAACGAAGCAAAAGAAUCGUACGAUGAAAGCAUUGUGGUGCCACUGUUGGGUGAAACGGAAGCAAAUUUCGCCCAAAGCAUAAAACAAAUCACAGAUUUCAUUGAUACAUUUGGGAAAUAAACUUGUUGUUUACUGAACCACUGCGUUAUUCGUUCUUCUUCUCAUUCUGAAGUCAUUUAAAGGUUAUGGUUUCGUAGUCCGCGUUCAUGCUGCUACUGCCCACACACAUACACUCCGAGCAACACAUUGAAAACGGCAACUGUCAUUUGCAUUGAAGGUGUAGUGAAAUUCGUGGUGUUGCCAUCUCACAUAUUCAAGACACACAGACACAUAUUCGACAUGCCUUCAUAAACAAUCCCAUACAAACCCGACAGCUAUACAUCGACGAUCACGCGGAUUAUUUUGUUCGGAGCCGAAUUUGCGUACGUAUUUAUUUCAAUAUUUUUAAUUAUUCUAGUAUAAGAAGUGAUUGAAUUAAAAAUCCAACACAAAACGAUGUCACAAAAGUUGCACAUGCCGAUGGGUUUGUGUAAAACUACGGCGAUAGAACACUCGUGGCAAAUGUGAGUAUGAAGUGAGAGACAUACUUGCAACAAUAAUAACAGCACCAAGGCAGAGUAUGUGUGUGUGUUUGUGUCUGUGUGUGAGAGAGAGAGAGAGUGUGCGUAUGCAGAUGCGUAUGAGUGUAUGUGAGUGGCGUGUGUGUUUUGCUUGUUGGUGUAGGUGUUUUUUCUGUUGAAUUUUUGUUCCCAAAGAACUGACAUUUCAUAAUUGUCAAAAAAACGAAAUCGUCGUGAAACCCAGUGACACAAAUAAAAAAAUGGCCAAAAUGAAGUUUUUUAUUCGAUAGUUUUGUUUAUUUUUUUCGGUGGAAUUUUACAGUUUCUCUCUGUCCCUAUCAUUUUUCUAUUCAAUACAAUUUACCAACAUUGACCAAAACGUAUUUCAUAAGCGUUCAAUACCCGUAAUUGAAUUGAUAAAGAUUUGCGUGUGUAAUAAAAAUCACUUGAAACUUGAAACUAGUGUGUAACCUUCCAACAUUAAAAUUGGUCGACUACGACGACGGCGACGAGAGACACGAGCAAGAGAAAAAUUCAUUUGUAAGAUAAGAAGCAAUAGUGUGCGUUAAAUAAAUGUGUUAAUCAAUUCAUAUGGGAUAGAAAAAAAAACGAAAGGAUUUGCAAAAUUUCGAAGCAAACGUGAUAAGCGUUUGCAAAACGGAGCAGUAGAAGCCACACGAUAGAACACGAGAGAGACAAGUAAAAUUCAUAAACGUAACCACGUUCAACACACACACACAUAUAUAUACUCAUACACAACGUAGAGCCAUCAAAUCACACAAAUUUCCGUAUAUAGUGAGAAAAUCAUACGCCAACGAAACCAAAACCAAACCAAACCAACAACACAACAUUCCCCAAAAAAAUAUGGCUACAUCGAAUCCAGGCAUUGUAAUUGGAUCAGCGUGGUUCCAGCGAAAAAUUAAUCUACGACCAAAACAUCGAGGUGUUCAUUUAGUUACCGACGAAAUUUUACGUCAAAUUCCAGAGCUGUGCCAUUUUUCGGUUGGCCUAUUUCACAUACAAAUUUUACACACAUCCGCCAGUUUAGCGCUAAACGAAAGCUGGGAUCCCGAUGUUCGAGACGAUAUGGAAAUGAUGUUGAAUAAAAUCGUACCGGAAGAUGUACCGUAUCGACAUUCGUGCGAAGGUCCCGACGAUAUGCCAGCACAUGUGAAAGCAUGCUUUCUGGGUAGUUCAUUAAGUAUUCCAAUUACGGAUGGUAAAUUAACAUUGGGCACAUGGCAAGGUAUUUGGCUUUGUGAGCAUCGUGAUCAUGCCGGAUCACGGAAAUUAGCAAUUACAAUAUCAGGUUGUCCACGUGAUUCAAUCCAUAGUCCAACAUCACCCGUUUCACCAAUGCCUUCAACAACUAGUUAGGGCAGGUCUUACUGCCGAAAUGCUCGCGCAAAUUAAAAACAUUGUUAAAUUAAACAGAUGGACAAGAAAACGAGUGAACAAAUGAGUGCAGAAAAUAGACGAAAUUGAAGAGAAAUCUAUGCAAUAGCCACGAUUAAAUUUAAAAAGAAAGACACACACGGAGAAAGAGAGACACAAACAGCAGAAGCAACAGAAGCAAAGUGCAGGAACACUCAACUAACACACACCACACACACGAACACUUUACAAUGGCACGUUUAAAUGUAAAUCAAUAAAUAAUUAAGCUGACUUAGAGAGUGAGAAAAAGGAGGAACGUAUGGAUACAUAGAGCUACUACAACCCGAUUCAGAAAACUAAAACCACAAAAUUGAUAAAAAAAAUAUGCAAAAAGACACAAAAAGAAACACAAUAAAAACAAGUAUGGAUGUUAUCGAAGAGGAGAAGAAAAAAAAAACGAACAAAUGAGCCAAAUUUAAAAUUUGCAUUAAUCAAAGGCUAACGAAAAAUCGCUAUAAAAAUUCUGCAAUAACAACCACAACCACAAGUCGAAUCAGCUACAUUAUCACAAUCAUUGGAAUUUCGUGCUCGUCCUUUUUCAGUUUUCUUCGUUUUAUUUUUUUCGUCGCUGUUGUUUUCUCUUUAUCAGAUCAAAUGCAGAGCAUUCAUUUAACACGGCAAUAAAAAGCUAAACAAACUGACCCAAUAGCGCAACCGUAAAAGACAGGAAAAAAAAACCAAAACAUCCGAAAGAUAAUCAAGUAAAUGGAUUAAAUUGUACUGUAUAAAUUUCCAAAAACCACGAAAAGAAUUUGUUGACACAUAGCAGCCGCAGCCGGAAGUGAAUCGAAACGAAGACAGAAAAACACACACACGGAACAAAAAAUUAAACAUUAGCCCGUAAUAAAAGGAAAAGAAAAAUAGUAAAUAAAAUAUGGAAUUACUUCGAUAAAUGUAAA